CGGGCGGCAGCAGUCGGCGGCUGCGCGUCCCGCUCGCGUCGUUGUGCCGGUGCUGCUCGGUGCUGCUGCUGCCGCCAGGAUGUUCGAGGCGCGGCUGGUGCAGGGCUCGGUGCUCAAGCGGGUGCUGGAGGCCCUCAAGGACCUCAUCACCGAGGCCUGCUGGGACCUGGGCUCGGGCGGCAUCAGCCUGCAGAGCAUGGACUCCUCGCACGUCUCCCUGGUGCAGCUCACGCUGCGCUCCGAGGGCUUCGACACCUACCGCUGCGACCGCAACAUCGCCAUGGGCGUCAACCUCUCCAGCAUGUCCAAAAUACUGAAAUGUGCUGGAAAUGAAGACAUCAUAACGCUCAGAGCAGAAGACAAUGCGGAUACAUUGGCUCUAGUGUUUGAAGCACCAAAUCAAGAAAAGGUUUCUGAUUAUGAGAUGAAGCUAAUGGAUCUUGAUGUGGAGCAGCUUGGAAUUCCAGAACAGGAAUAUAGUUGUGUAGUGAAAAUGCCUUCUGCUGAAUUUGCACGCAUCUGUAGAGAUCUCAGCCAUAUUGGUGAUGCAGUUGUCAUCUCCUGUGCAAAAGAUGGUGUAAAAUUUUCAGCUAAUGGAGAGCUAGGAAAUGGAAACAUCAAGCUGUCACAGACUAGUAAUGUGGACAAAGAAGAAGAAGCUGUUACAAUAGAGAUGAAUGAGCCAGUCCAACUGACCUUUGCUCUGAGGUACUUGAAUUUUUUUACCAAAGCUACUCCUCUGUCACCUACAGUAACACUCAGCAUGUCUGCAGAUGUUCCUCUGGUUGUGGAGUACAAGAUUGCUGAUAUGGGACACUUAAAAUACUAUCUGGCUCCAAAGAUUGAAGACCAACAAGAAGGUUCUUAAUUGGACUGGGACUUGAGGGGGAGAUCUGGUCGUUCCUGGAGAGAACAACUGACUUUGAGAAGGAAAUGGUGUCUGCCAUAUUACCAGCAGUUUCAGUACAUUGGAGCAUCCAAUGAGUACUGUUAAGCAUGUUGUGUAGAUAUCUCUGUAAAUAUUUUUCAACUUGCUAUUUUGCUAUACUGGUGUCAUUUGAAACAGGAUUUUUUUUUUCUAGCCUAUUCCUAUGCUUCCAGUAAUCUUAGAUGCUGUCUCUUGGUGAAAUACCUUACUUCUUCUGUUAUGUGUUAGAGGAGGAGUGGAGUGCAUUAUUUAACUUCAAUAAAGAUGAUUCCUAGAGUUUCAGCUGUGGAACUAUAGUUGACUAGGAUUGCUGUUUAAUUAUGCCACAAGUUUAUUUGCCCUCCAUCCAUUUAUUUUUGAAGCUGAUACUUUUAACUGAAACAUGGAAAGUGGAAAUAAAUUUCAUGGUUCUUAUACUAUUUAAA